AUGGUUGAGAAGAGGGCCGAAGCGGCCAAAGCCUUAGGACUUCACUGUUAUUACGAUUUCAAUACAGUUUACGGACAGAAAAUCGUGAAUCUUUUGGGACCGGAAGGGGAACAGCGAUUGCUGAACAGCGCCCGAACCGACACCGAGAGGACACAGACCACUAAACAGAUCGCCGGAAUGACUCAAUUGAUCAUGUGCGAUGAACAAUACCGGGCCAAUCACAUGAACGACCAUGUUGAAUGCAAUCUCAUUGAGCGAAAUGGCGGCGCUUUAGUCGAGUUUAACCUUCGACUUCCGGCUAUAGAGACACUGAUGGGUGCGGGCGGUGCCCUCCUUAAGCUGGUCACCCCUCCCAUGGCAACAGUCAUCACUCAGAUGAAGAAUAUUUACGCCGAGAUCUAUGAGACGGGAAAACAAUGCUCUCUAAACCCAUCGCUUCCGUCGGCCCAGAGAUGUGCGAACCUUAAGAUGUUUGACCUCGAGUUGCGUCGACUCGUGGAGUUGGGAGAGUUGGCCGUAGCCUCUAAAUUGCCCUUGCUAUAA